GAGCGGACGACAGAGUAAUAGUUUUGUUCAAGUUUGUCGACUACUACAUAACCUCAGUUACAAUUUUCCAGAAUGUUAUGGUUUUGAGCGAGUGGUGUACUGUCCAUAAAGUAAAAUAAUUUAGUUAUAUUUAGGGGGUUUUAUUGGUAAUUAAUUGAACAAGAUGAAACGUAAAAAUUUACUAGUAUCACUCGCACUAUUCUUUUUUAUUAAUUGUAUAAUAUUUUCAAUAAUGUACUCCGCACAAAGCAAGCCUUUUAUUGAUGAAAUAUUUCACAUUCCACAAACUAUAAAAUACUGCCGAGGUUAUUUUGACGAGUGGGACCCCAAGAUAACUACGUUACCAGGAUUGUACUACAUAUCGGUGGGAGUGUUGAUGCCAUUGUCCGCCCUCACUGGGGUGGAUCUCUGCUGUGUCUAUGGCUUGCGAGCCAUCAAUCUGAUAGUGUCAGCUGUCAACUUUUACCUCAUUUAUAACAUUUCAAAGCGUCUUCAUCCAAAUGUUAUGGAUGAUUGGAAACAUCUAAUGACAGCAGCGAAUCUGGCGAUGUUGCCGCCUCUGUACUUCUUUACGUUCCUCUACUACACAGAUAUCGUGUCGACGUGUCUGGUCCUGCUAUGCUACCUGCUCCACCUCCAGCAUCGCCCUUGGCUGGCUGCCACAGCAGGUUUCAUGGCUGUUAUAACGAGACAGACAAACAUAAUUUGGGUCGCUUUCUUCGCCUUCGAGACAAUUAUCGAGUACCUAAAGGAAGAAGCAGUUUGGAGAAGGAAGAAGAAAAUUACGUCAGUGGUUGAGUCCAGCUUUAAAUACUUACAGAUCCUGAAUUUCGUGGUGAUAGAUUUAUCGAAACAAGACUCUUACAAAAUCGGUCACUUCAUUGGACGGGUUUUGUCGUCUGUUAUCGGUUACCUGCUCGUCGGCCUAAUGUUUCUCGGGUUCGUGGUGUACAACCGUGGUAUCGUGGUGGGAGACAGAACCGCCCAUGCAGUCACCAUCCAUCUGCCUCAGCUACUGUAUUUUGCCCUCUUUGCUUCCGUCUUUAGUGGGCCCCACUUCGUCGUCAAGGUGCGCCAGUUCUUCCAGGCGGUGCUGCUGAAUCGGAUGUACUACCUCGUGGCGCUCGGUCUCUGUGUGCUGGCGGUCCACCUCAACACCAUGGCGCACCCUUACCUCCUCGCCGACAACAGACACUACACGUUCUAUUUAUGGAAACGGCUGUUUGCCAAGGAGAAACUCCGGGAUCUGGUCAUCCCUUGGUAUAUCUACGGCCUCUACUGCAUCCACGACUCCAUCAAGCACAAGAGUAUAACGUUCCAGAUCGCCUACUGGGGUUGUGUUGUGCUGAACUUGGUACCUCAGAGGUUACUGGAGUUUCGCUACUUCAUCGUACCCUACUUGAUGUUCCGACUCCAGAUGAAGCCAGGUCUUUUCUGGCAGCUCUUAUUUGAAGGGCUGUUAGCCUUUGCUGUUAAUGGACUAACAGUGUUUAUGUUCGUUUCAAGAACUUUUUACUGGCCAGAUAGUCCGGAACCACAGAGGUUCAUUUGGUGAAAAAGGUCAUUAUACGGAAACGUACGCAUGUUCUAAAUAUGGGACUAAAUCUGGAAUGAUGCAAUAUAAAAUGUGGUGGAAACCGGGGCUAAAUACAGAGUAUUAAGAAAAGAAUCAUCCGAUAAUAAAUAUUUAUUUAUAAAAAAUAAGAGUAUUGAAGGACCUGACAGAAUAUUACAAAAUGUCUUACCGACAAAUGCAACAAAGUAAUUUCAUUGUAUGUGUUAGUAACUUAUUACAAAAUUACAUACAAUUAUUUUCAGUUUGUUUACAAAUUUGUUAAUUUUGUGUUUUUUUUCUUGUUGCCAUCACGGUUAUAUCCAGAAUACCAUUGUAAAAAUGUUAUAAUACUUGUGUCUUUGCUCUAUUUUGACCUAAUGUUCUUCUUUUGACAAAGAGGAAGCUAUGUACCAAGUUUCAACUCUCUAGGACUUUUCUGUCAAAAGUUAUCACAGGAUGGGCAGACAGACAGACAAUGGUACGAUUUUAAGAAGGAUCUGUUAUUGAAGUCACUUAAAUAUGUAGGAUUAAUCAAGCACAAAUUAAUAUACAAGGUUGCCCAAAAGUAUCCAAUCUGCGUUUAUAUCUUUGUGCCAGAGCGUCCAAGCGGUCUCUGCUGGGUAUGAGCGUAACUAGUAGUCCCUUACGAACUACCUGAAUGCUGUAAUUUCUAGCUGAACAUCCUGGGUCACGCACAGGGUGUGUUUAUGUCUCAUGUGUUUUUUUUCUCUGCUCGUCGCAUUUAUGUACUGUUAAAAAUGACAGAAAGAAUUGAUCAACAAAUUUGCAUCAAGUUUUGCUUCAAUCUUGGCAAGAGUUGAUUGAAAUGAUACAGAAGACCAUUAGUGAUAAAAGUUUGGGCACAGCACAGAUUAAAGAAUGGUACAGUCGGUUUAAAAAAUUGCUGCACGUCUGUUGGCAGUGACCCUCAUUCUGGCCGUCCUUCACUGACAACACCGAAAAACAUCAAUGUGUGUGACUUUGCAAUUGAAGGUGAUUGUCGAUUGACUAUUCCUGAACUAGAAAAUGAUCUUGGAAUACCAAAAACUACUGUUGGGAAAUUUUGUAUACGAUUUUGGGAACAACUUGCGUGUGUACAAAAUUCGUUCCGAUAUUGCUCACGACCGAGCAGAAAAACCCUAGCUAUGAAAUCACUCUAGACAACUUGAAAAUGGUUAGUGAUGAUGAAAAUGUUGUUAGGAAGAUUAUUACUGGUGAUGACCCAUGGGUUUACAGUUAAAAUCUUGAAACUAAACAAUACUCAGUAGAAGACUCCAGGUGAGCCACGGGAAGAAAGCAUGUCAAAGUCAAAGCCAUGUCAAAUCAGUGCUAAUUUAUUUUGUUGAUUUACGAGGUUGUACACUAUGAAUUUAUUCAAAAAAGUCUUGAUGAUCAACCUAGAAUAUUACGUUGCAGCCUUUAAAAGAUUGUGUGAUGCUGUGAGAAGAAAACGACCGUGUUUCUGGUCAUGUGGCGACUGGCUUCUUCACCACGAUAACACACCAGCACAUUCAUCGAACUUUGUGCAGCAACUUUUGGCCAAACACAAGAUUGCACAGUUUUGCAAGCCUUUGUAAAGUCCCGACACAGCUCUUUGCGAAUUUUGGAUGUUUCCAAAAUUGAAAAUGGCACCCAAAGGAAAGCGGUUUGGUGACAUCAAAACGAUUCAAAGUAAUGUGAUGCACAAGCUGAAGGCCAUUCCAAAAUCUACAUUUGAGGACUGCUUUAAGAUGUGGAAGCAAUGUUGGGAGUGUGUGGUGUUAUCAAACGGGGACUACUUUAAAGGAUGCUAUGGCCCAGAUGCCAAGAAUAGCACCAAUGCUAAGAUAUGAAUGCAGGUUGGAUACUUUUUGGACAGACCUCAUAUGCCAAUAAACUCUUCAAAGUAAAAAAAAUUGACUACAGAACAAGUUGUAUGUAAUAAAAUAAAUUCAAGCUAGUACCUUAGGCUGUGAGAAGUACAAACCAAGACUGCACAAAAACAUACUGUAUACAUCAGGGAAGGUGACAGAAUGAGAAAACAAUCAAUAUUGUCACAUUCUGUAGCUUGCAGUACAAAUUUAAAGAGUAUACCCGAUUGGGAUGGUUGGGAGAAAGCCGAAGUAGAUGCCUUUGCAGCACGCUUUUGUUCUUGAUCGCAAAGUCGUAGUGUGUAUUUGAAUUUUAUUGACUGAGGUUUCUUUGAUUUUUGUAGUUUGUUUAGAUUUCAUGGUAAUUUAUUUUUAAUUUUUGGACUGCAAUCCAAUUAAACAUAGUGUUCUAUUCUUUUUAUAUGAUGAUCAUUUAAGAAAUGUCCAAUAUACUCUUAUCCUCUCAAAUCAACCAUUGUCAAUAAUAAAUUUUAAACAAAGAAUCAUGUAAAAUUCUAAAACAUUUCCCUUUAACAGUUUAAUGUUUUAUUGAAACAUUAAUUGACAGUUAUCAGUUUUUCAAAUCGGAUGAUUCUUUUUUAAAUGCUCUGUAUUUAAAAAUAUCAAAUGAUUCCAUGUUACAAUGGAAGUGGUCUAGUGCAAUAUUUUACAUAGGUAUUAAACAAACACAAAAAUAUUGUGUUGGUGUGUUUUUAGAAAGGUAAUUCAGUUUUAUGAAUGUGGAAUGAAAAGAAAUUGUUAAUUUUUAUUUGAUGUGAAAAACUGUUUUUACUUUACCUAAGCAAGUUAUGAAUAUAAUAGUGCAAUUAAAUUUAAGUAAGCCUAAUUAGCUUUAUGAAUACUGAAGUAGAGAAACACCAAAUAUUUCAAAAGCUCAGGUAAUUUUAAGGAUAUCUUUAAUCAUGAUUAUUUAUGAUUUCAGUAGGGAACAUAUUAUUUAGCCUAAUACUGUUCAGUAAGAUGUUUCUUUGAAAAAUAUUGUUCAGAGUAUUUUGUUGUGAAAUAAUAAGAGUGUACUAGAUCGGAAUGUUAUUGCAUCGCAGAAAAUCUUCAUAAAAACCAAGUCUUGUGUAAUGUUUUGAUGCUAAUUUUACUUUAGAGACGUGUGCAUAUUUUUUCUUAAUCAUUGUUCAGUCAUAUUCUUUUUAUUCCAACUGUAAUUAAAAAUAAAUUAAUUGUUAUGGUGAGUGUUUACAAAGAUACAUCGCAAUGAGCUAUCAAAUUUUUUCUAACUGUUGAUAUAAUUCGGACCUUGAACAAUUCCAGCUUGUAGUAAAAUAUGUCGAUCAAUAUUAACUUGAAAAAUAAACAUUUGAAGUUCUUCUAGUAGUAACCGUAAUAUUGGAACAAAAUACGUAGUAAAUAACAUCAAUUUGAAUGUGCAUUUUAUAAAGUUAAAAUACUUCUCAAAAUACUAUUUCAUUCUAUACAUUUUAUUAAUUAUAAACUGCUUUUAGCGUAGUUAAGCAUAAUUUUGGAAUUAUACUAGUCAGUAAAGCCCAUUUUAGAGAGACUGUUAGGUGAUAGAAUUAUAAAUAAAUUAUUAGCUUUCAUUCAGUAGGUAUUUAAAUUACAAUUUAUUCUUAGACUGUUUUCUAAGUAAGUGUAGUUAAUAUUUUAGUGAUAAGAAUAAUAAGCGCACCUAAUAGAUUGUUGUAACCCAUUGCUUACUUUUAAAAGGUUAAAGUUUUUUUUUGAUAAAAUAGAGGGGAAAGUUCUCUUUUUAAUCUUGUUCCGCCCAUCCUCAUAGGCAACAAGCCUGUCUAAGGAUCUUAUCGAACAGAUGGGAGAAUGUUGGAAAUUUACAGGACAGAUUUGGAAACUGCUAUUUUUACAAUAAUUCAGAUCCAAAGUACGGCAUCUUGGACUUUGCAGCAACCAGCUUUUCACUCCUGUUUUACUAAGAUUUUUUGUUGAAAUUUGGAUUCACAUGUUAAAAAAUUCUGUUCAGAAAAAUGUAUGUAGAAUGUUAAAAUUUGAAAACAUUGAUUUUAUAACCUCCACCAUGGAAACAAAAACAAAUAUUUCAUUACUGGUCUACCAAAACCAGAAAAAACUAAUCUAGACCUGUCAUAUCAGUAAUGAAAUCUACUUCUUUAUUUUAAAAGCGUUUAAUGCAUUUAAAGAACUUUACCAACACUGACAACGUAUUAUUUAUUUUUAUUGUUUAAAAUUUACAAUUCAGUAUUUCCACUGACAUCUCACAAAGCAGUACUUCAUUUUCUCAAUUAUUACAUCAUUAAAUUAAAUGUGUUAACUUCGAAAAUUGGUUACUCAAAGAAAGAAACGCUCGGUUGACUACCAGAACGUUAAAAAAGUGUAUUAUUAUUAUUAAUACUACCAUACAGAGGUGUAUCCAGUAUUUGAGUUUGAGGAUCCAACCCCACCCAUCUUCUAUUUCAUUGUUAGUGGGAAAGAGGGAGUAAGAUCACCCUAAAAAAAAUAACACGUUCAAGAAGAUGUGUACCUCGUCGGGCGCAUAAUUGCUUAAUUGUAAGGUAAAUCAAUUUUUUAGGUACCCCCUGGGUCAUACGGAAAAAAUUGAAACAACAUAGUGAAAUAAUUGUUUUGUGCAAAAUUGUGAGGACCCGUACAUUUCUUGUUAUACUUACACGUUUAACGUAUAAAAACUUACGGUUUUUGCCGUUAGUAUUUAAAUAAGCCGUCGUCAUAAACGUGUUAAUGAUACUAAAUAUUAAUAUAUAACUUUGAGAGGUAAAACAGUUGAGAAGUUGUUUUGAAAAUUUAAAAAUUAUGACACUAAAAUUGGGAAUAUCAAAAUUCUAAACAAUGGCCUGUUAAUUACUGUGCCUGCUCCUAACCCAAUUGGACCUUUUUCAGGAGUUAUUGGUUCAUUCUUAAAUUUAAAUGAAUGGAUUAUAGAUGAUAGAUGAUUUUUAUGAUUGUUUCAUUCCAUUGUGUCUUUAUUGGAAUGUGCACCCAAACACACAGAUCACCUGCACUGGCAGGUUCAGACCAGAGAGGACUGGCUCAUAUCAGAUAUUCAGUUGAGAGUAGUUAAGGAGUAAGGAGCACCAACUGACUUUGGAUUGUGGCAUUGAUCUGACAUCAGUUUUUAUAAAGUAACAGUGUGUGUGAAUAAUUCGAGUAAUAAAUAAUUUUUUCUAAUGUAUGGCAUAA